AUGAGCUGUGUAGCAGUUUUGAACUGCACCAGUCCAACCCCUAACUCCCUGUUUACAGAGCUAGAGAAACAUUUAUUCUCUAAGAACCUGAUACCCCCUGUCGCAAACUUUUCCCAAACACUCAACGUAACAAUCAGCUUCACUGUGGUUGGGAUUUUAGGAGUGGAUGCAAAAGCCCAAACACUAACAACUUUUUUAUGGCAAGUCCUGCAGUGGGAUAUAGCGGGACUCAGCUGGGAUGAGGAGCAAUGUGGGACUGAAAGAGUCUCUGUGCCUCGGGAAAAGCUUUGGGUUCCAGAUAUCCACAUCUCAGAGUUCAUGGAUGAAGACAAAUCUCCUUAUAUGCCAUAUGUUUACCUACACAACACAGGUCGUGUUUAUGAUGAUAAACCAGUUAGAGUGGUCAGCUCCUGCAAGUUAGAAAUCUAUAAUUUUCCCUUUGAUAUCCAAACUUGUUCACUGACAUUUGGGUCAUAUUUACACUUUGGUGAGACAACAUUUCUAUGAAAAAAUCAUGUGUUUCUUUAUUAUACAAUAUUUAGAUCUUAAAACAAGUUUAUAAUUUUUUACUGAUGAAACAUUAUAUGUUUAAAUUAUAUGUGGACUUUGAAUAA